CUGCGCUUAUUUAACCGGAUCAAACAAAACUGUUCGCAACUGAUUCCAGGAGGAUUUAUACAAGUAACACAAUGCCUGUCUCUACCGCUGGCGCUAAAACGAAGAUCGGGGUGGUCGGGAUGCCCUUCUCAAAAGGACAGCCCAAGGCGGGGACACAGCUGGCGCCGAAACUCAUCCGUCAAGCAGGGAUGCUGGAAAAGAUGACUGAAGCAGGGAACGACGUGGUUGAUCACGGAGAUCUAGCUGUGGAGGACAUCGCCUCUGACGAACCUAUCAAAAACGUUUCAAGACCCAGAAAUGUGGGAACAGCAAACAAACUGCUGUGUGAGGCCGUUGAGAAGGUUCUUCGACAACAGCAGGGAUGUCUGGUGCUUGGUGGGGAUCACAGCAUCGCUAUGGGUUCCAUCCAGGGCCACCUUCAGGCAGAACCCGAUCUCGUGGUGUUGUGGGUGGACGCUCAUGCCGAUAUCAACACCCCCCUCACGUCACCUAGCGGCAACGUGCACGGCAUGCCCCUCUCUUUCAUGGUCAAGGAGCUCGAGCAAUACAUGCCCACUGUCCCUGGGUUCGAGUGGGUCAAACCGAGCUUGGCAGCUAAAGAUAUAGCGUACAUCGGUCUGAGGGACGUAGACGGGGGAGAAAAGGCGAUAAUUGACAAGCUGGGCAUACACAGCUUCUCCAUGCACGAGGUGGACAAGUACGGCGUGGCAGCAGUUGUUGACAGGGCGUUGAAGGCGAUGGACCCAAGUGGGAUUCGCCCGAUCCACGUCAGCUUUGAUGUUGACGCCAUUGACCCCAGCAUAAUCCCCUCCACUGGGACACCAGUGCCAGGCGGUCUGUCUUUGAGGGAGGCGUACUACAUAGCGGAGGAGGUCGCGGCGACAGGUCGUCUUAGUGUGCUGGACUGUGUUGAAGUCAACUCGUUGCUUGGAAGCAAGGAAGAUCAGCAACGAACGGUGAAGAAUACUGUUGAAGUCAUGUCCCGUUUCUAUGGCAACAAGAGAUGUGGCAACGUUCCUCGUGGAUACAUCCUGCCAGAGCCAUGAUGGACUUGUGAAACCUUGGCCAACGUCAUUAUAUACAAAAUGCCAUAUACACAUGUCAUUCAAGAACAUAUAGCCACGACAGACACUUCACUCGAGGAAUAAUGUCAAUUAUUUCCACCAUUGACAGGUUCUCAUCUCUUUGGUUCCCCUUCAGUGAUGCUUCAACAGAAUUCAACAGUUUGUAGUUAUUGAGAUGAAUGCUUCGUCCCACGGGUGUUGUUGAAAGGAGGCACCUCUCUCGUAUCCUUGUAUUAACCAGCUUCAGAACUGUGAUGGUUCUUGGACGGAUAGUCUACAUAUGACGUACAUUCGUCACCUCUCGGCCCUUUCCGUAAUCUCGCUAUUCAGCUUGUCCCGGAAUAACACGAAGUGGUCACGAAUGGACGCGGAGGUUGAGCGAUAAUAUUAUGUCGGAUGAGUAACAUCAAGGCUGAAUCAGAAUGAAAGUAGUGGAAUAUACGCAACACCCACAGUUUGUUUACCAUCUUGAGAUGAGCAAAUAGGAAUGAAAGAAGUAUUGAACCUUGUUCCUUGUUAAUCAGCAUUCGCCAUAAUUAUAUAUAUAUAACCGUUGAUCUUGACCCGUGAAUCCCUCAAGCGCACACACGUUUACCUAAUUCGUGUACCGAUCAUUUACUUACUUAGUACCUCAUCAGAUGAUCUCGGAUUGAUAUUAUUUAAUUUGGCAUUGUUAUUUAUUUAUUAUUCUGAAAGUAUAAAAUGUUAUGCAUGUGUUUUAAAUAUUUUUGCAUCUUGAUUAUUAUGUGUUUUGUUACAAUCAGAUUGUCUUUUCAAUCCCGAAUUGCGGGAUACAAGCAAUGCCCAUAGAUCGGUGUUACAACCCGAGAUGAUCAACCUACACGGUACAUAUCAGGGCCUUAUAUCUGACGUAGGAUAUACACUGGAAAUAUGUACAUAUUGUUUGUGUUUUAAUUUUGUUCUAAUUAAAACCAACUGGAUAUAAUUUUAUUUCAAUAAAACAUCCUUUGAAUUUUUA